AUGCGCUUCUUCACCUCUUCGCAUUCCAGACCCGUUGCCCUUCUCCUAUGCCUGAGUGGGUUUACCCAGGCGAGAUCCCUGGCUAAGCGCGACGACACGUUUGAUUGGACAAAUCUCACUGCGUCCCCGAAUUUGACUUUAACUCCGUGUUAUGGUAAUCUCCAGUGUGCGCGUCUCACCGUCCCUCUGCAGUACUCGGAUCCAAGCGCCGGAGAAGCUCAGGUCGCGAUUGUUGUGCUCCCAUCCAACCUAUCCCAUGACGAUUCUGCGUAUCUCGGCCCUUUGCUCUUCAAUCCAGGUGGACCUGGCAUUUCCGGUGUGGAUUCCGUGGUGGAAGACGCGGCGCUCUUCCGUGAGAUCCUCGGGCCUCAAUACGAUAUCGUCGGCUUCGACCCGCGAGGCGUCGGGCACACUACGCCCGUGAUAUCUUUGUUCCAGUCUCCUGCCGAGGCUCUGGAGUUCUUUGCACCUUAUCCACAGAAUGCCAACGAGUCUAUCUCUUCCCUGGGCAGAAUCGUCGCACAGGCCCAGAUACUUGGUGACUUGGCGAACGCACGUGCGAAGACUGUCGUGGAGUCAGUUUCGACGCCGACUGUAGCGACUGAUAUGCUGACUAUUACACGAGCCUUUGGACGGGACAAAUUGAGUUAUUAUGGUAUAUCCUAUGGCUCGCUGCUUGGAGCUACGUUUGCUGCAAUGUUCCCCGACCAAGUUGGACGUCUCGUCAUUGACGGGAUCAUCAAUGCCCAUGACUGGUACCAAGGAACAUACUUUGCGAAAGAUAGCCUGCUGGAUACCGAUGCCGCUUUGGAGUCCGUGUACGAAGCCUGUGUCGCAGCAGGACCUUCGCUCUGCCCUAUUUUCGAGAACAGCACCGACCUCGUUCGUGCACGAGUCAAUCAGCUCAUCAGCAACAUUCACUUGGCGCCCGUCGCUUUGUUCAACAGCUCGGGCACCACCGGGAACGUAUUUGGCGUCGUGGACUACACUGUAGUGGUGCAGCAGCUACUAGGAAUGUUGGACAGCCCGUAUACCGAUGCUUUGGGAUUCAUGCAGGCGGUCGUCCAGCUUGAGCAGGGGGACGGCACUCUGAUGUUCCAAGGCACGGACACGCAGAACAUUGACAUGCUGGCGACGUGCACAUUCGACUCGUCGGAGCCGUUUAGCGUAGGGUUUAUUGAUGUCGAGGGUGCGAUUGAAUGCGGGGACAGCAUUGUCGACACGAGGCGGACGCUGGAGGCCGCGCGAGCGGAGUACGAGAGUAUGCUGGAGAUGUCAUCGCUUGCGACUGCGUGGUACCCACUUACGCAGGGAAUUUGCGCGGGGUGGUCCAUCCGUGGCAAGGACCACUUGAAUGGCUCAUUCGAGACGAACACCAGCUUCCCGCUCCUGUUAAUUGGGAACACGUUUGAUCCGGCGACCCCUAUAGAGAACGCACACAAUAUGUCUGCUGGUUUUGUCGGAUCCGUGGUCCUACAGCAGAACUCUACUGGGCACACCUCGCAAUCCGGUUUGUCGACCUGUACCGGUCUGGCCGUCAACGCGUACUUUAACAACGGUACGCUGCCGCACUCAGGCACGGUGUGCCAGAUUGAAGCAGAGAUCUUCGGCCCGCCUGCAGGCGGGAGCAGCAAUGUCUCGCUUGCAGCCAGAGGGCAGGGUCUUGGUGUUUCUGCUCGCGCAUUGAUGAGGAAGAAGGUCACGUCAAGGAGCACUUUUGGUGGACGGGCGACUUAGGGUAGAUCAUCGUGAGGCUAGGGUAUUUCGAAGAGAUUGGAUGCGCCAGGCUACGCUCACGCGUGGUGGACGCUUAAUGGUCGCUCUGCCCUGCAUAUGUCGAGAAGUUCGAUUUUAGCUUAUUUUUGACCAAAAACAUGCCAGUGGAUCAUCGGCAGUAUAUCGUCUGCCGCGGUAGUG